GGACGGAGUGUUUGUUUGGCUUAAAUUGUAAAAAAGUAAAACGUUCGCUUUAUCACUAAUUUGCAAAAGCAGUUCAACAAACGAAUCUACGAAUCCGUGUAGGAAGAUAAAACGGUCACAUCACGCCGAUUGAUGGUUAGCGGCAACCGGAAACGUGAAACCAACCGGGAAAGGGAAUAUUUUUAUAUCCUUCGGAAAAGUUGCCCGCAACUGCAACACGACGCGUGUGGGGGCCGUCAGUAAAAAAUUGGGACGGUGUUCGCGUUUUCACCUUUUGCCCUUUUAUCUGGUAUCCUGGACGACGGAAUGAAGUGUUUACCGAUGCGGCGAUAACACCCCGGAACGACAUUCCCGGGCACGAUAGAGAGUUCAGGUGUGCGUGCAUCAUCCUGCCUGGGCAUUGAAACAAUCGAUUUGCACCGGUUGGGGUGGGUUUGUUUUUAGCAAACAUCAUUAGCCACACGCCCACAGAAGGACAGACCGCGCAUUAGGGAAAUACAUUUGGAACCAGCAACACAGUGCCUAAGUACCCUUCAGCAGGAUGACGGCCACCAGUACUAACGAACCGGCAGCUUUCGAUCACAUCGAAACGAUUGUCAUUGAGGGACAACCUACUGAUAUUGUGUAUCACCGGUUUGCGAACAAGCUGUUCCUCAUCAUCACCCAACACCAGAAGGUGGCCAACGUGUACACGGUAAGAAGCCACGCGCACAACGAUCUAAGCGGCGACGACAGUACCGCAAUAGACGGUUCGAAUCGAAUCUACACCAUCAAGCACACGUUCGGGGCCAGCUCGGAUGAGGCGGAAGCGGCCAUCCGUUACCUGAUGAACUUUAUGCAGCAGAGCGAAGAGAUAGUCAUUACCCUAGGGCUACGGCAGAUCGAUAAACCAACGCUGGAUCAAAUCGGAGCCCAGCUGCGGAAGAUUGUGCUAAAGUAGGAAGGAUAAAGUUAUGCUAUACCCUUUGGAUUUACUUUUUCGUUCUUAGGAGUUUCUUAAAUAUAUACGUAUACGUUCGUACGCUUGGCGCCACUUUGG